AUGAUUGUUGAAUUCAUUUCCUCGGAACCGGAACCGGAAUUGGAACCUGUUAACUUAAACCAUGAUACACACGAUGUAUCCAUUCAAACUGACUAUGAUCCAUCAUUGAAUGAUCCAAUAGCACUUCUACAAGAAUCAAUUAAUGAAAUUAAAUUAUUAGAAAAAGAAUUUGGUGAUUUAAUCAAUAAAUUCGAUUAUGAAUCUCCAUCAAGUUCUUCAGCAAGUAAACAUAUACCUAAUGGAUUAUUUACCAAUCUUUGCAUUAUGACUUAUAUCAUUGUAACAUUGAUAUUAAUCUCAAGAAAAUAUUAA